AGUCCAGACAGCGGCGGGACAACCUGAGUGCUCAGUUGUAAAGAGGAAAGGCAGAAUUUUUCCUUGCUAUGGCUGCAACAAAGGCACUUUUGAUGCUGGAAAACUUCAUAGACGGAAAAUUUUUACCUUGUAGCUCAUAUAUAGAUUCUUACGACCCGUCAACAGGGGAAGUGUAUUGCAGAGUUCCGAAUAGUGGAAGAGAAGAGAUCGAAGCUGCGGUCAAGGCCGCCAGAGAAGCCUUUCCCAGCUGGUCAUCCCGGAGCCCCCAGGAGCGCUCCCGGGUCCUGAACCAGGUGGCGGAUUUGCUGGAGCAGUCCCUGGAGGAGUUUGCUCAGGCCGAAUCUAAAGACCAAGGGAAAACCUUAGCACUGGCAAGAACCAUGGACAUUCCCCGGUCUGUGCAGAACUUCAGGUUCUUCGCUUCCUCCAUCCUGCACCACACGUCAGAGUGCACGCAGAUGGACCACCUGGGCUGCAUGCACUACACAGUGCGGACUCCCGUGGGAGUCGCUGGUCUCAUCAGCCCCUGGAAUUUGCCCCUCUACUUGCUGACCUGGAAGAUAGCUCCAGCGAUGGCUGCAGGGAACACUGUGAUUGCCAAGCCCAGUGAGCUGACGUCAGUGACUGCGUGGAUGUUGUGCAAACUCCUGGAUAAAGCAGGUGUUCCACCGGGUGUUGUCAAUAUUGUGUUUGGAACUGGGCUCAGGGUGGGUGAGGCCCUGGUGUCCCAUCCAGAGGUGCCCUUGAUCUCCUUCACCGGAAGCCAGCCCACUGCCGAGCGGAUCACCCAACUGAGCGCUCCCCACUGCAAGAAGCUCUCGCUGGAGCUGGGGGGCAAGAAUCCUGCCAUCAUCUUUGAGGACGCCAACCUGGAUGAGUGCGUACCAGCAACCGUCAGGUCCAGCUUUGCCAACCAGGGUGAAAUCUGCCUCUGUACCAGCAGGAUCUUUGUCCAGAAGAGCAUCUAUAGUGAAUUUUUAAAGAGAUUUGUGGAAGCUACCAGAGAGUGGAAAGUCGGCAUUCCCUCUGAUCCAUUGGCCAGCAUGGGUGCUCUGAUAAGUAAAGCACAUUUGGAGAAAGUCAGAAGUUAUGUCAGGAAAGCUCUUGCCGAAGGUGCCCAAAUUCGGUGCGGUGAGGGAGUGGAUAAGUUGAGCCUCCCCGCCAGGAACAAGGCAGGCUACUUUAUGCUUCCCACGGUAAUAACAGACAUUAAGGAUGAAUCCUGCUGCAUGACGGAAGAGAUAUUUGGUCCAGUGACAUGUGUCGUCCCCUUUGAUAGUGAAGAGGAGGUGAUUGAAAGAGCCAACAGCGUCAAGUAUGGGCUGGCGGCUACGGUGUGGUCCAGCAAUGUGGGUCGCGUCCACCGGGUGGCUAAGAAGCUGCAAUCCGGCUUGGUUUGGACCAACUGCUGGCUCAUCAGGGAGCUGAACCUUCCUUUCGGGGGGAUGAAGAGUUCUGGAAUAGGUAGAGAGGGAGCCAAGGACUCUUACGACUUCUUCACUGAGAUCAAAACCAUCACCAUUAAGCACUGAUCUUCGCAAUUGGCGGAGCUUCUGUGGCCAAUGCCUGGCUGCAGAGAUCAGUUGCUCAGUGUGGUGAAUGAAAAUCAUGGCAUGAAUUCCAGCUAUGCUUUGACUUGGCAGAAGGUGCUCUCUAGCUUAUCUUCAGUUCUUAGUUGGUAAUUGUACCCCCUAGUGAAGAGAUCUGUCUAUUUUCAAUGUGGACUCGGAAGAAAAGACUUCUGAAUAGGAAGACAGAGCAAAGAUACCAAACAGCUGUCAGGCUCCUCCCAGGUUAUGUUUUCAUAGUGUUUCUUUCAUCAUCUUCAUUGAACUCUUGGGAAUCUCCAGAUAAUCAGAUGAUUUCAUUUGCAAGUAUAUGGUAAAUUAAAAACAAAUCUACAGUCAGGUGCAGUGCCUCAUGCCUAUAAUCCCAGCACUUUGGGAGGCCAAGGCGGGUGGAUCACUUGAGUCCAGGAGUUUGAGACCAGCCUAGGUAACAUGAUGAAAUCCUGUCUUUACCAAAAAUUUAAAAAUUAGCUGGGCAUGGUGCCCUCUGCCUAUAGCCCCAGCUACUUGGGAGGAUGAGGUGGGAGGAUCACUUGAGCCCAGGAGGUUAAGGCUGCAGUGAGCCAUGAUCAUGCCACUGCACUCCAGCCUGGGGGACAGAGUGAGACCUUGUCUUAAAAAAAAAAAAAGAAAAAAGCUACAAAGCCAAAGCGAAAAGAAAGAAAUGGCCAUCAUUAGCCAAUAUCUCUUUGGAGAGAUUAUGGAGAUGUUCUGCUUGUCUAUCAGCCGCUAGCAUGACUAACUGAUCAUUGAUUGUACUUCAUUACGUAAGGGGGCAGUGAAUGUCUGGAGUGUGUUGGGGGAAACCUAUGUGGUAAGCUCUACUAACUGUAUCUGUACAAGAAUGAAGAAAAACAAAAUACCACUUUUGGAGGAAACUUGAAACAAGAAGAGGAUGUAGUUUAAUCUAAUCCUACGGUCGAGUCUAAUCAAUUCCAUUGCUUGGCGUAUGCAUCUAAUGAGGCUUACAACUUACUAACCCCAAAAGAAGCAAUAAAUGUUAGCAAUUUUAGUAA